UCUUUAUCCAUUAUUUCCACCAGCUAUUGGCGAAGUAAAUAUGGAUUUGAAGCAUAUAACAAGUUUAGAAUUAAAGUCUACACCUGAUGUUCUCUUACUUUCUUACAAAUUGAAAUAUUUUACUAAAAUUGUUGAUCAAGUUGUUUGUAUUAAUCCUGAGCCAUGCGGGCGGAACAUAUGCCAAAAUGACCAUUCAUCCGUUUCCACGGAACUUAGAGCAAGAGAUUGA